GCGUGGAGUGUCUCCAUAACAACAGGAGAGCAAACAAGAUGGCGGCGGCUCGUUUUGUGUGGUGGUCGAGUGCGAAGCACUCGUAGCGCAGCUCCUCUCGGCGUCCUCCUCCCUCAUGGCAGGGGACGAGGAGAAGAGGGGAGAGGGCGGCUUCGGUGAGCUGCUUCCCCCUCCUCAUGAGCCCCCGCAGCAGCUCUCCCAGGGGAUCGCCGAGGAGCUGCCCCAGCACAGGCCACAGCUCAGCCUGCCUCACCAUGAAGACAAACAGGAGGGCGAUGAGGAAGAGGAUUCACAGAACACAGAGGGUCAGUUUGAUGGAGUGUUGGAUGAAGACACUGUGGCUGAGGGACUCCACAAGCUGGGGCUCUCAGCCCCUGGUAUCGAAUACGUUUAUCUUAACCUGUCACUUUCAGGUCGUGAGUUAAGUGACAUUAGCAUUCUCUCCAGAUACGUUCACCUACAGAAGCUGGAACUCUCAUAUAAUAAAAUUAAUGAUCUUUCUUGUAUCAGUCACAUGCCUCACUUGCUAGAACUGAAUGCUUCCAACAAUGAAUUGACUACAUAUUUCCUUUUUAAACCACCUAAAAAUCUCAAGGAAGUAGAUUUUUCAUACAAUCAAAUACCUAAAAUGCAAGAUUUGUCAGCGUACCAGUCACUUACUAAACUCUUACUGGAUUUUAAUAACAUCGAGGAGAUAAGAGGACUGGAGAAGUGUCACAGUCUGACUCACCUCAGUUUGUCACACAACAGGCUCAUUGCAAUCGCUGGCCUUGAGAAUUUACCUAUCAAAAUACUCAAUCUGAGCUUUAACCAGAUUGAGAAGAUAAGUGGGUUGGACAGCUUGAAAACUCUACAGAAACUGGACCUAUCUAGCAAUGAAAUAACUAGUCUAGAAGGCUUGGAGGAGCAUGAUCUACUAGAGACGAUCAACCUAGAGGAUAACCAGAUUGCUGAGCUGCGUGAGCUUGACUAUAUUGAAGAUCUGCCUCUCCUCAGAGUUUUAAAUCUUUUAAAAAAUCCUAUACAGGAGCAAACAGGUUAUUGGCUCUUCGUGAUUUUCAAGUUGCUCCAACUAACAGAACUGGAUCUCAAGAAGAUUUCAGUGGAGGAAAAAGUUGCUGCUGUGAAUAAAUACGAUCCUCCUCCAGAAGUUGUUGCUGCAGAAGAUCAUAUGGCUCAGGUGAUGUAUAGCGUGCUGCAGCCCCACCGAAUAUUUGACAGCACUUUACCCAGUCUUGAUACUCCCUACCCCAUGCUGGUAUUAGUUGGUCCUCUAGCCUGUGGUAAGAGAGAACUUACUCAUAAGAUCUGCAGACAGUUCAACAAUUUCUUCAGAUAUGGUCCCUGUCACACUACCAGGGCAGCUUAUUUUGGUGAAGACAACAGACUUGACUACUAUUUCGUUUCUCAAGAAGCAUUUGACAAAAUGGUGAACACAGGAAAGUUUAUAGCAACCUAUAAGUACAGCGGCUAUUACUACGGACUUGGAAGAGACACAGUAGAAUCGAUUGCCAGAGAAGGUCUUGCAACCUGUGUUCACUUAGAAAUAGAGGGUGUGCGUAGCUUGAAAAAUACCUACUUUAAACCCAGAUAUAUCCUGUUAGUACCAACAAACAAAGAAGUAUAUGAGGGACAUCUGCGGAGGAAAGGAUUAUUCAGCAGGUCAGAGAUUGAAGAGGCUGUGUCCAGAGUGGACAUGUACAUCAAAAUAAGUCAGGAUUUUCCAGGAUAUUUUGAUGCAGUGAUCAACACAGAUGAAUUGGAUGAGGCAUUCACGGAGCUGAGUUUCCUCGUAAAGGCGUACCUGGGUUUGGAGCCACCUGCGCCUUCUGAUAGUGUUCAGGACCUGAAUAGCAGAGCAGGAGCAGGUUCAAGAAUCCGGCUCUUAGAAGAGCAAAGAUUGUCACCCGGCAGAGUAAUUACUGGAACUACUUGGUCUUCAUCUGUCAAUGAGUUCUUGGACUCUUCUGCCAAAAACUAUCCAGGAGGAAUCUCGGACAGAUUUGCUGCACAACUGAGCUCUGUGGAAGAAGCUUCUCUGCAAAGGCGUCAUUCUGCAGCACGUCGGGCUCUGUCGGAGAAGGCACCUGGUGCGUACGUCCAGCUGUUUCAAAGGGACCUGGCAGUCACUCCUGCACCGAGCAGCUCCCGUCAGCAAUUACUGGAACCAACAAUAAACAUUUCUCUGCUCUCAGAUGGAAGGAACAUCACCCAAGACCAGAGUUUCCCCCUGACUAACCCAGAGAGCCGAAAGAGUAAACUAAAAAAAGCCAUCAAGGGCUGCAGAGAAUCUGGUCCUGCCAGUGGACGAUUUGUAACCUCAGCUGGUGCAUCUGCUGCUGGUGUGUCGGUUCGGACCCCUGUUCCUCGUGCUUGCAUCACCAAAGAAGCCAAAGCUGAGCAUCAAGAUCCAAGACGAGCCGAAAACGGAGUGGACAGAGGGAAAGAGGCCGAAUUCCCCAGUGAUAAUCUUCAGAGAAGACACAGCAAGUCCAAGGCUGAAUCUUCUCUUGUGCCUCCGCUCAUCAACCGGCCAGGCUCCCACUCCAGACCCGUCCUACCUCCCAUCCCAUCCGGGCGGAUGACGACCAACCCUUGACGGCCACUACCGGCCAAGUCUUCGUCUUGAUUACGCUGAGUCUUUCUCUCUAACAGGAAUACUGAUUUUGAUAUAUUUCCCUUCAACAGAGUCUGUCAAAUAUUAUUUCUAGAUCCAUUUCUGAUUAACUCUCCCCCCAAAAAAUGUUAUUUAUUUAUAACUUUAUUAAAAAGUAAUUUCUGUACUUCCCAAAGCUAGAAAUUAUUUCCCCAGGCACUCUCAGCUGGGAAAUGGCGUAGAACUUCUCCUAACAGCCACAUGACCGUAUCUUCCAUUAAUUUCUCUUCUUCCUCCCUCUCCUAUAUUAUAAAUUUAAUUGAUGUGUGGAAGCAUCAGGGCCUCUGAUAAGAUUGUCUGUAUUGCAAUAGUAGUGAAUUAUUUUCAAGAGGGAUUUUGUGAAAUGCUCAAAGUUGGGAGUGAAAACUAGUUCCAAGUAUUUUUUUUAAUGAAAUACGUUUUUUUGAAGGGAUGAGAUACAAUUCUUUGAUUUGCAAGUGUUUUUAAACUACCUAGUAAGGAGUCAUCAGAAAAAAAUGAUUACAGUUAUUGAGAACAAGCUGAACCUGUAAGUACUAUGUGAAGAUUUGUUUUUCUGUAUGUGGAGCAGAGCUCUGACAAGUAAAUAAAACUCUUGAGUUAA